AUGGCGCUCGAGCAAGCUGGCCGCGCUGGUCACGGCUAUACCCUUACAUCUCUUAGUCGGUGGUCUAUUCAGAAUAAGAAGCUGCCUCCCGUUAAUGAAAUUAAUACUGUCCACGUUUACGACUUUGAUAAUACCCUAUUCCAAACCCCACUACCAAACCCCAAGAUAUGGAACGGCUCGACUCUAGGCCUAUUAGGCACCCCUGAUGUUUUUGUCAACGGCGGCUGGUGGCACGAUUCGAGAAUAUUAGCUGCGACUGGCGAAGGCGUAGAGCAUGAAGAGAAGCGAGCUUGGGAUGGUUGGUGGAACGAGAAGAUUGUGGAGCUGGUCCGUCUGAGCAUGAAGCAGAGCGAUGCUCUCUGUGUCCUGUUGACGGGACGUUCUGAGCAUGGGUUCUCCCAACUCAUAAAGCGAAUCGUUGCGAGUAAAGGUCUGGAAUUCGACUUGAUUGGUCUGAAGCCCUCCGUUGGACCCAACAACGAGCGAUUUUCGAAUACCAUGAACUUCAAACAGACCUUCCUUAGGGCGGUAAUGGGAACUUACAAAGCAGCGAUGGAGAUACGCAUUUACGAGGAUCGCCCAAAACACGUUACCGGCUUUCGCGACUUCCUGGCCGAUUACAAUGCACAGCGAAUCAGUCUUGGUCAACCUUCAAUGAUCGCCGAGGUCAUCCCAGUUACCGAGCUGUCUACUACUCUCGACCCCGUUGUCGAGGUAGCCGAAGUCCAACAUCUUAUCAAUGUUCACAACGAACUGGUCAAAGCCCGAGCGGGAAGUGGGCGCAGUGGGCGUCUAGCCAUCAAGAAGACCGUAUUCUUCACGAGUUAUAUGAUUGCGCCAGCCGACACGAAACGGCUUAUCGGGCUUCUAAAUUUGCAGGUGCCGGAGGUUACAGAUUUGAAGUAUCUUGCUAACACCAUUCUUAUCACUCCACGUCCCUGCCCGAAACCCAUCCUCGACAAGAUAGGCGGCAUGAACUCCAAGAUGAAGUGGGAAGUUGUUGAUAUUGGUUCCAUCCAGGGUAACAUCUGGGCGGCGCGCGUGAGGCCUGUGCCUGCCAAUGCUACUUACCACACGGACAACCCAUCGCCCUCUGUCGUCCUAGGCUUGAGAAGAGGGGCCCGCCCACCAGACGUUAAUAAAAUCCGGAACUGGCAGCCAAUACCGCCCGAGAAAUCCUUCGUCUUCGAGACAACGGUGGGCGAGAAAUACAUGCUUCGCAUCGAGCGCGAAGACCAAGACAGAGAUCAGUACGACAGCCAACAGGAGAGAUUCUCACACAGGGGCUCGAAGCGCAAGUUCCCGGGUGACGAUGACCGCCAUUCACGUCAACACGGUGGGAACUUCAGUAAUAAUUCUCGUGAUUAUCAUACUUCAACCCAUCAAGGACGAGGCGGAGGAGGUGAGAACCGUGGUCGUGGCGGCUACAGGGGUGGCGGUGCCCCUAGAGGUAACCGCGGCGGUGGUCGAGGAGGGUUUAAGGGACCCGGAAGAGGUGGUAGAGGUGGAGCACAUGGUUAUCGCUCCUUGGACGACGUGGAGACACGUGAGAACCCCCAGAGUGGUUUCAACUCGUCGACAGUCUCGUACGAUGACACUUUUCCCUCGUUACAAGGCGGCCCGCCUCAACUUCAACCUCCUCUGCCGAUUGCUCCGCAGUACGGCCAGCCAUUCCCGCAGCAAGGACAAUGGUCGGCUCAAGGAGGACCCCCGACGCAGUCGCGGCCUGUGGGCGGCCCCGGACCAGAUUUACAAAGUUUCUAUUGA